GUUUAAUUACUUGCCAAUCAUGCAAAAAUGACAAUUAUCCUAAUGAAAAUAAAAAGCUUUCUAUACAAUUUUCAUUAAUGGCUAGAAUAUAUCUUACCAUUUACCAUUUACUCAUCUCCACUAUAUAAUAUGAAGUGGAGGAAGCCAAAAAUUCACAAUUACACACAAAUUUCAUAUAAUACAUUCUUCUUCCAACCAGUUGAAAAGGAACCAAUUACUCAAAAACCAUGGAGAAUACCCUUUUCAUGGUGUUCAUGGUAGCCAUGGCUGCCACUCUUGCUUCACUAUCCACAGCUGACAAUGGCAUCGCCACUUUCUACGAAAAAUACACUCCCUCUGCAUGCUAUGGUGGCCAAGACAAGGGAGUGUGGAUCGCUGCGGCGAGCAAUCAACUUUGGAACGGUGGAGCCGUGUGCGGGAAGAGAUUUCGAGUCAAAUGCGUGGAGCCCUCACGAAAUGGUGUCCCGCAUCCUUGCACUGGCAAAGAUGUGGUGGUCACAAUUACGGAUCGUUGUGGCGAUGGAUGUCCUUCAACACUCGAUCUGUCGAAGGAGGCUUUUGCCACCAUCGCGAACCCAGUUGCUGGGAUCAUCAACAUUGAGUAUUACCCGGCUUAACUUGUGAAGUGCUAGUUGGGACGAGAUAAACCAUUGUAUGUUAGAUCAUAGAUGUAGUGAACGAACAAAGCCUUAUAUCAACUUAUUACAUCACAAAAUAAUGUUAUAUACCAAAGAGCAAUGAAUAGGAUAAACUUUACAUCUUUAUCUUCCAUGCACGGUUCUUCCAGCAUAACCAAUCAAUUGGUACGAUACUAUUUCUGUAUUUCACAAACGAUUACAAUAACUUCAAGCAAUAUAUGUUUCAUGCACUGAUGCUCGUAGCAGGCUAGGUCCAAUACAACCCGAUCCUCGAUUCGGUCAAUGUGCUAAUGCAAUAUGAUUCUAAACCGAACUAGACCAUGCAAGCUCGAGACCCGAAUUUGAAAGCUAGAUCCUCCAUGCUUGCUUUACGACCAUGGAUUGAUCGACACGUUGAUUUCGAAUUUUAUUUAUGUACAUGGUCUAGAGAUCAUAGUUAAGAAGUGAGGGCAAGAUUUGAGGCUCAAUCAUAUGUUACAAUGUGAGGCUGAAGAAAUGCAACGAGCACACCAACAUAGUGUUCAAUGCACCAUAUUACCGAAUAAAUGUAAUGCAAAGGA